CCGAGAACAACUAUGUCUCCUUACCAUGAGCCAGAUCGUUCACCGAAGCGCAGAAAAAUUCGGAAGGGUACGCAGAGCUGCUGGGAGUGUAAGCGACGCAAGGUCCGAUGCAUUUCCACCGAGAAUAUCUGUCAAAAUUGCAGACGCCGCGGCACUGCUUGUAUAAGCCAAGAUCUACCGGACGUGUUCACCAUCUCGACUCCAAGUCCAUCUGAGGGCGGUGCAUUGCCUGAGUAUGCUGUUCAUAGUUCGUUCGAUCACUUCACGCCGAGUUCGCUAUCCUGUAGCCACAUCGAAUUGGACCACGCUCUCAGAUCGACAUGGCCAACCAAACACGAGAUCGAUCAAUGCAUAAACUCACCGGACGAAUCAUCAGUACUGUUCCAAAGCGAAGCUUGCAGACUCCGUGAUAGCCUCGCUGGUCGGAGUCAACUUCCGAUGAGAGAGAUCUUACAGCUACCACCGCCUGGCUCACACCCUGUGCUGACCACACAGAAGUUGUUGCUGCUUGGACUUCACUUACAAGGCAUUGUUCUUCCCGCUGAUCAAGCGUCUCAGAACCUCAAAUCGUGGCACCACAACAUGAUGUUCCGUGUUAUGGAGGCUGCCAUCGAUGUCACCAAGAACGAAGACUUGGUCAACUCUGUUGAAGGUCUCGAAUGCCUCAUGUUGGAGGCUGAGUAUCAGAACCAUGCAGGAAAGCUUCACCAAGCUUGGAUGGCAGUACGAAGAGCGACGACUGUUGCACAAGUAAUGGGACUGCAUCGCGGCACCAACCCGCCAGCGCUAAGAUUCCUUGAGCCCAUGAAGCGAACACUUUUUGAUGCGCAGCAAACGUGCUUACAAGUAGUCCGGAUGGAUUGCUACCUCAGUCUCUUUUUAGGUCUGCCAAGAAGCUCACUCGAGGCUCCAACACGCACUCUUGAAGAAGUUGAGAAGCUCCAACCAGUCAAACGUUUGCAGUACAGCCACGUUAUCGUGUCUGACCGUGUUCUGAAGCGGUCGAUCUUCCCCAGUCUGUCAGAUACUCGAGAAUUAGACUUGAUCUUGGAGACAGCAGCAGCUGGUGUAUCACCUCAGUGGUGGUUGAUGCCUGACUUUGCGGCAAGCAACAGGAACGCCAACGAUACUGCUCAGUAUACGAGUCGUCUGAACGAUCAGUUCGCUCAUUUCCAUCUGUUGAUCAGACUGCAUCUGCCAUAUCUAAUGCGACAUGAAUCGGAAGGGACGUAUGAUUACAGCAAGAUGACGGCGGUGAAUGCUAGUCGAGAGACACUGUCACGUUACGUUGUUUUUCACAUCAACAAUGCCGGGCAAUUCUAUUGCCGUGGCACUGAUUUUCUCUGCUUCAUUGCGGCAACAGUGCUCAGCCUUGGUCACAUUGAAUGCUCAAGAUUAAGACAGACGUCGAAUGCUCACAACGCGUUUGGCCACCUCGUUCAUUCACGCCCAAGCGAUCGUGGGUUAUUGGAGAGAACCCUUGAUGUUGUUCGAGGUACCUCUCAAGGUAGCGAUGACGGCAUUAUAUCGCAAAUGAUUUUCGUGCUUGAGCAGCUGCUGAGGAUCGAGGCGACGGCAGCGAGCGGAGUGAGGUACGGCAUCCAAGCGAGCUCCGGUGUUGAUGAACACGUAGCAUACCACAGUGAAGCGACGGAUGGAGGUGGAUUGCGCCUGCAUAUUCCAGCAUUUGGUUGUAUCAAUUUUGGUGUAGAAGGGUGUGCGCCAACUGUCUCUCAGCAGCCUGAUCUGCUCGACGGUUGUGCGUAUGGAGGUGACAGCGGAGAGCUUUCUUCUAUGAGUGCCAUGGAAGGCGAGUGGGAUAUGCAAGGCAUUGAUCUGGCGCUAUUCGAGGGUUUGUUUGGCGUUUCAGGCGUCUCAGAUGUGGCCACCUGA